CCUCGUUUUUCUAUUCAUACCCACCACCCCUUCCCUGUUGCUUGAAUUGAACUGGACUGGGCAAGAAUUUUCCACCGGGUUAAAGACAGGAAUGCAUUCCCCAUCGUGAUGGAUCCAGGGAUGCAUCCCUAAUUGCCGCGCCACAAUUUUUCAGAUGAUUCAUGGACGUUUAUCAUUAUUUAAUAACUCUUUGAGAUAAGCCUGCCAGACUCAAUCACCAGAUAAAAUUCAAAAUGAUAUAAAUAAAAUAAGAAAGCGACAAGGUUUCUUGACCCAUUCCUAUGCCUAAUUUAACUGUAGAUUAUGGUGAUACCAUUACAAAAGAACAUUCUGUCAAGAAGAGAAAGCAAGUACGGGGAAGACAACUUUGCCCUUUGAGACGCACGGGAGUUGCUUUCUGACUUUGAUGGUGAGAAGGCUACCAAUGCCCUAGCAUUAUUGCUUGCCCGUUUGCAACAAGUCCCUCUUUUCUUCUUCGAAUUCAAGAGAAUUACCACUUGCAAAUUGCUCUUUUCUUCUCCGAAUUCAAGAGAAUUACGGCUUGCAAAUUACAACUAUGAAGAUUGAUAAGAAAAAGAUUAGGAAAACUCCACCGACCAAUGAACCCAUCACCCAGGAAUCACCAUUACUCCCCAAAAGAAGAGAAGGCAGGCAAGAAAUCCAAAAUGAAGCUUCUUUUGUUGGUGCAGUGUUUAAUCUUUCGACGACUAUUAUUGGUGCUGGUAUCAUGGCAUUACCUGCCACCAUGAAGGUACUGGGACUUGGCCUUGGAAUUCUUAUGAUUGUGUUGAUUGCAGUCCUCACAGAGCGUUCUGUGGAGAUUUUGUUGAGGUAUAGCAAGGCUGGGAAAGUGGACUCUUAUGGCGGGGUAAUGGGGGAUGCUUUUGGGAAUGGAGGGAGAAGGCUGCUUCAGAUUUUUGUGCUGCUCAGCAAUGUUGGGAUCCUCAUAGUAUACAUGAUUAUAAUUGGUGAUGUAUUGUCUGGGACAACUUCAAGUGGAGUUUACCAUACUGGUAUAUUGGAAGAAUGGUUUGGAAUCCAUUGGUGGAAUGGCCGUACCUUUGUUCUUCUUUUUAUGACCCUCGCUGUGUUUGCUCCAUUGGCAUGCUUCAAGCGGAUAGAUUCAUUGAGAUACACAUCUGCCUUAGCAAUUGCACUAGCAGUGGUUUUUCUCAUUGUUACUGCUGGAGUCACAGUGUUCAAAUUGGUCAAUGGAAGUGUUGCCAUGCCUAGGUUGCUUCCUAAUGUCACAGAUAUCACAUCAUUCUGGAAUCUCUUCACCGUCGUCCCCAUUUUUGUGACAGCAUUUAUCUGUCAUUUCAAUGUUCAUACAAUUGAAAAUGAGCUGGAAGACUCUUCUAUGAUACAGCCAGUCGUGUGGACUUCACUAGCUCUAUGCUCUACUGUCUACAUGAUGACAAGCUUCUUUGGGUUCCUUCUAUUUGGCAACUCAACUCUAGAUGAUGUUUUGGCCAACUUCGACACCAACCUUGGUGUCCCUUACAGCUAUGUGCUCAAUGAUGUUGUUCGCAUCAGCUAUGCUCUCCACCUCAUGCUUGUUUUCCCAGUCGUGUUUUAUCCAUUGCGCCAGAAUCUGGAUGGCCUUCUUUUUCCCUUGGCCAGGCCUUUGGUUUCAGAUAACUGUAGGUUUACAUUGCUCAGCAUAGCUCUCAUUUCUCUCAUCUUCUUGGGUGCAAAUUUUGUACCCAACAUCUGGGUUGCUUUCCAAUUCAUUGGAGCAACUUCAGCAGUUUGCAUUGGAUUUAUCUUCCCAGCUGCCAUUGCCCUGAGGGAUCCCCAUUUGAUAGCAUCAAAGAAGGAUAAGGUCGUGUCUGUGUUCCUGAUUUUUCUUGCUUUUUUCUCAAGCUUGGUGGCCAUUUACAGUGAUGCCUAUGCCCUCUUCAGAAAGAAUCCGUCUCCACGCGCAUGAUUUUUUUUGGUUCCUAAGAUCCUGAACUCUACAUGCAGUAAUAGAAAACAGUUGAAAGAAACGUUCAAAAAACUGAUGUGCAUAUAUAAAAUGUUGUGCAGUGCCUGUGUCCGUAAGUAUUCGUGUAUUUUACCUAGAGCUUGGUAUGGAUUGUAAUGCAUCACCUAAAUAUAUCUUGCACGUCCUUCAGGAUGUUUUUAUAUUCAAUCAUUUUCUUCUGAGAUUAGAUUUUCA